AUGUCUUCUGCAGUAGCAGAGCUGGAUGGCUAUCUCCAUUCUAUGCUUUCCUUGAAGCCCCCUGGUGUGUCUGGAUCCAAAAUUAACGGCAUCACUUCAUUGUGUACUGCCAAUGUUCAGUCCGAAUCGGUGUUGAUACAAAAGAUCUAUACCCAUUUUAAGCGAGCACCAGGGACACACAAGUUGGGCGUACUCUAUGUCGUAGACUCUGUAACUCGACAAUGGGUAGAAUUAGCACGCAAGGCUGGCCAGCAGAUUGGCGGCAGUGCUCCGGAUGGAACGUAUGCUGCAGGCGUUAACCGAGUGACCGAGCUUCUCCCAGUCCUCAUGACUGAUAUCAUAAACAAUGCUCCUGAAGACCAAAAGGUACGCGUACUCUUAGACAUGAAUCAGACUCAAUAUCUCCUGCAAGGUGGAAAGCGAAAUCUCCUCUGCAGUGCAGAAUAUGAUAGACCUAGGCAUCUGCCAGCAUGGCGUUGCCUUAAGACGCCUAAAUCACCGUAUCACGAAACUCCUUUUUUCCCCUUAUACUUAUGA